UAACUCUAAUUAAACCCUUAGCAUAUCUUAGCGUAACUCUUAAUAUAUCCUGAACACAUUGACAGAUAAGCAAUUUUAUGUUUUAUAGUUACAUUAAAUAUAGCAGGAAGUCAAAUCUGUCGGACUCCUAUAACUGAACACAUUACAACACCUACACUGGCUCCCGAUAUCCCCAAUAUCGUAUUGACUUCAAAAUCCUUCUCUUUGUGUUUUUAAAACUCGUCUUAAGACGCAUUUUUUGUGAUGAUUUUUAUGCUUGUAUUUAGUUUGCAUUAAUGGUCAUUACUGAUGAUUGUUAUUAAUGUUGAUUGUUUACUGUACGGUGUCCUUGAUUGUCAUGUAUAAAUAAAAUGUAAUAAUAAUAAUAAAUCUCUGUGUUAAUUUUCCUGUAAAUUGAAGUAAAACCAAAAAGAUAACAAAUAUGAUAAAAGACAAACAGACCAAUCGUAACUAGUGUCCGCAAACACCACAUUUAUGACUCGGCUGUUAAAACGGCGCAUGCUUUGAUUCUCACUCCUCUCUCCAGUUUACAACGGUGAUAAAGUGAUCAUGCAGGUUCAUAAGGAGCUUUUCUGUCAGUUGACUUCAAUCGAUUCCAAAACGUGUGCAUGAGAAUGAACGGCGCAUUUUGGGUGCUCGUGUUUCUGAGUUUCUGUGGGAGAACGCCGGCAGAAGAUUCUCCACACACACAGAAUGAAAUCGGUCCGUAUGAUCAUGAUUUACCCACUGAAGCAACAACAGAGAACGACGCCUACGCCGCUGACACCUCUCUGGAUAUUCUGAAAGAUUUAAGUAUCCAAGUUGAGGAACUCCAAAAAGAAAACAGAGGUAGAGUGUUGGCCGUUUCUCUCAAAAAGGGUCGGGUCUUUUUGCUUCUUUAUGAUUUCAAUGCAUUCAUUUUCAUUUGUCAUUGGUUUUUUUACAUAUUCGCUGUCCAAGUUCAAGCAGAAGAGAUCAAGCAAUUGAGAAUCAGAUCUUUCAACACAAACAUCGAGCUGCUGACACAGAAAGCCCUGAUGACGGAAAUAAGGACAGAGUGCAAUGAUAAACCGAAAUAUGCAUUUGCCGCUGCACUGGGGGACGGGGGACAUGUUGGCCCUUCGGACAGAGAGAGCACGCUGGUCUACAGAAAAGUUCUCACAAACAUCGGCUACUCUUACAACGCAGCAUCAGGUGAUUUUAAAACGUUUAGCAUCCUUGGUCACUUGAGAAAACCUGUUUCUAGAUCAUCUAAAAAUGUCUGAGAUGAUCAUGUUUUUAUCUGAAAACGAUUUUUUCUUGCCUUUCUCUCUAGGCAUCUUCUCUGCUCCUGUUAAGGGUGUUUACUACUUCAGCAUCUCCACUUUCACACGCGAUAAGGAAAAUAAUGGCUGUGUUAGUCUGUUCAGAAACCACGAGCGAAUGCUGACU